AGUACGGAUGCAAUAUCCACGCGGCCAUAAUUCAAAUAAGUUUUGAACGCACUACAUCUUUUCUGUUUUGUACGCGUUCUAUAAUGAAUCGAUGUCUAAAAAAAAAACAUUUUCUGGCCUGUGAUGAGAAUGUUGUAAUUUUUCAAAUAUUCGCCACCUUAGCACAGAUCAAAUGUAUCAACAUAGCCUUCCUUCAUAACAUGAUGAAUACUGGAACAGGUACAAUUUAGAUUUAGUUCUUCUAUGCAUUCCUCGCGUAUAUCAUCAAACUUUAUUCCCAACCAGCACACAUAUUCUUCAUAUUUUCUGUCUAAACAAUUCAGCGUCGACGAUUUUCACAAUACACUGCCAGCACUUUUCACCAUCAGCAAUAAUGCAGCCAACUCAGAGUAGAUUCGGUUAUAAAGAAGAGGAACACUUGGACAAUAUUGAUUUGAUUAGUUUGACAUGAGUUUGUUGUGAAAAGUGCGGUUUACUCGGGCACAUGGUGCUUUAUACCUGCAUUUGUUGCCUGUGUCGAGUCAAGUGUUUUCGCUCCCUUUCCAAAACAAAGUGCAGCAAUUUCGAUGAUCGCAGUCAACUGCGACAGAUAGAUCAGCUUCGCAAAAUAAAUGAAACUCGCGGACGUUGAAAAAGCCAACACAAAAUUCGGCAAACUUAUUCGGAAUGAAAACUUUAACUGCGAAACAGGAAGCACGAUUACAGAAAAAGAAGAAAAAAAUGGCCGCGCUGGCAGAAAUCAUAAAAUUGAACGACAGGGAUCGUCGGAAUAAAAAAACUCGUUCGAGCUCAGAGAGCAGUAAUAGCAGUUCCAGCAGCAGCGAAGCUGCGUCAAAGGGCAGCAACCACAGUAUCAGAGGUGAGCAAGUUUCAAGGAAGAGUGGAUCGGAACAAAUAGCCGACAACGGGUGUAUGGAGGAGCCGAAGAGCAAGCGUAUGAAGAUCGAGUCCAUUGGAGACUUUUAUAAUAGUAACGACGACGUACCAUCGAAAAAGUCAAAGAGCUCUGAGAAUAACAGACCAGUAGAUAAGAAGGACGCACAUAAACCGCAGGCGGGGAAGGUAACCAGUGAAGGGAUUAGCCAGGAGAACUUACAGCUGAGCGAGAGUCAGUACAUACAAUUGAAGCGGGAGUUGAACGAAAGGAAGAGGUCCAUUCGCAAUGUUCCAAGGCUGCGGCUGAAAGAGCAAGGCGAACAGGCCUCUUUGUCACUGGAAGUGAAUAGUAGGACGCCCAUCUUCCUCACAGACAUACAACACUUACUGAUGGCCGCGAUCCUCGGGGGCGGAUCGCCGUGCACCCCUUGGCGGUGGUGUCAUCUCGAGAAAAGCCAAAGGCUGUCGCACACGUUGGUCCUCGUUGUCGAGGGGCUUUCCCUCUUUCACUUUCUAUCAUAUGAGAACCAUUUUUCAGAGGCCAAUCGGGUGUUCCAGAAUAAGCUGGAGGUGAUAAUGCCGCCUCAUAAAGAGGGGAAAAUCAUUGAAGAGUUGGCAGCGGUACCUCUGACGAGUUCCGAAAAGGAAGAAUUGAUAAAACGCUACGGAAGUCUUGAGACGGCCAUUGAGACGAACAAAGAUCCACUUCUGUUAGUGAAGACGAUAUUUCCAGUAGACGGUCCGAGCGAUACCCCCGUGGACCAGACAGUGCCCAGCGGCGACACGUUUCCCCGCACCCAACUGCUCCUCUCGGCACUGCAAAUGGUGGACGAAGGCUAUCCGCUUCCGUUGCGCGGCAAAUUAGCCAAUCGUUUCCAGAGUUACAAAUUUACGAAAGAUGUGUACUCAGAGGUAACGCCAAGAAGUCCAUUGUUCGGCUUGGACUGUGAAAUGUGUAAAACGACAAAAGGCGGUAGCGAAUUAACUCGGAUUUCCAUCGUUGGCGAAGACAUGAAACCAGUUUACGAGACGUUGGUGCGCCCAACCAACAAAAUCAUAGACUACUUAACGCCAUACUCGGGGAUAACCCCAGAAAUGAUGAUUAAUGUAACAAAAACACUGGAAGAAGUACAGGAGGAUAUACGUCGACUCCUUCCGCCUGACGCGAUUCUCGUGGGUCAGUCGCUGAACGCCGAUUUGCAUGCGAUGAGAAUGAUGCACCCGUACAUCAUCGACACGAGCAUCAUUUUCAACAUAACCGGAGAAAGGAAACGGAAGGCGAAGUUGUCAACGUUGGCACAACAGUUCCUUGGUGAGGUGAUCCAGCAAAGCAUGGACGGGCACGAUCCAUUCGAGGACAGUCUGGCGAGCUUGAAGCUUACCAAGUUAAAACUGUCCAAGGGACUAGAUUUCGGCGACGCUGUUCUAGAUGGUAGGAAAAAAGCUAAUGAAGUAUAUAGCACAACAACACAACAACUAAAAACACAAGUAACGAUCGGAGCCCAGACAAAGGAGGUCAUCUCGCACAAUCUGUUCGCGCAUGUGGCGAAGGUGGAGCGCCGGACGGCCGUGAUCACGUCCGAGGAGAUGAACGUGGAUUUCCACAAAGUGUUUAACAACAAGGCGAAAGUCUACUCCGGAGACGAUGCAAUCCACAACGAAAACAGCAACACCACAUCAAAUGAAUUUUGCAACGGAAAGAACCCGCCUUCAUCUAUCGAUUGUUUCCGGACGGAGGGCAACAAGGGAGCAAUCCGAAAAACAAGAGACGUCAGUUCCAACUACGCGCUUACCAUUACUAACCUGAAUGUUGCCCCGCAGCGCCUGGAACUAUCGCGCAUUGAAAAGACCAUUUCAAACGUGGACAAAUGGAUCAGUCGACUUUGGGAGACAGUCGCAGCAAACGGACUUUUCGUAGUUCUUCUAGGUGGUACGCCCGGUGCGUCGAGCGGUGUUGCUAUGGUCAAAAUAAAAAAGAGUGGUACAGAUGUCGCAACAGAUACUCCAAUCGCUGUAUGAUGUGUAUAUAGUAUUUUUUAAUUUCAAAUAUACAACUAUAUUUUUUAAACGAUCGUUAAAUAAUAGUAGCGAUGGCGCGACACCAUCUCUUUAUUUAAAAAAUGCAAUUUGUCUUGUCGAUAUUUUACUGAAAUAAAAUUCAUUAAUGUUGGCAAUAAAUCCUGAACUUGUAUCCUA